AUGGCGGCUCCGGGGCCGGCGGGGCGCACCGCCCCGCGCGAGGAGCCCACCAGCUCGUUAGAGUCCCUGGCCACCAAGGCGUCCGUGCUCAGCGAGACUCCCGGGUACCUGUGUGCCCCCGUCCCGCCCGGCCAAGGUGCCGAGUCGCCGGGCCGCCUGUGGGAGCAGAUCUGCGAGGAGUUUGAAGCUGAGCUGCCUCCCUUUCCAGAGGGAUAUAACGUCAAACGAGAAUCUGUGAUCACUGUCUCGCCAUUUGAGGAGCUGGUGUUCCACGGCUUCAAUGCGGAGCGGCUUUGCUCAGAGCCUCAUCUGACCACAGACUCACAAGAGACACCCUGUCCUUCAGUCAGUUCAGAAGAAAUCCACCCCAAAACAUGGAAGACUGACAAACAUCUGUUUUCUUAUGGUUGUCAGCCAGACUUCUCUAAUGAGAAAGAAGUGGUCAUCGGUAGACAGCUGGUGAGCUCAGCCGGUCUGGUGAUUGGCACCCAGGUGUUCGGCUUCAUGUCAGAAGGUGGCACUAGGAAACGAACUAAAUUCAUCGCCUGUGAUUUUCUGACUGAGUGGUUAUACAAUCAAAAUCCAAGGAGGAUAGGGGAGCUAUUCACAGAAUUCUUCUCCAUUCCCUUUGUGGAGCAGUGGCUGAAGUGUCACCCACGACUGCCAAUCCCGCUGUCUCUCCUGCUGACGGAAGAAGCCGCUGCGGUUACCAUCCAGUCCUUCUGGAGAGCCUAUCUGGUUCGCUGUGACCCUGAGAUUCAAGAGUUGCGUCAGUGGCAGAAGAAACUGCGUGAGGACAAGCACAUUCGUCAGCGAGUCAAGAGUUUCUGGGCCAAACAAGAACAAAAAGGAAUUCCACCUGUGGGCACACACACACAGAAGAACACGGUGCCCAAGGAGAAGUGUGCACACACGGGCCGCAAGAGCCAGAGGCGGAUGCAGCCCAGUGCCGUCGGCGCCUGA